AUGGCGGCCUUAGCUCGCAUCUCCAGAAAAGCCCUAACCUCCUUCUCCAGCUCAGCCCAGCCUACCUCACUCCACCGCACCUUCGCCGCUGAAGCAUCAAAAGCCGCGGCCAUAACACCCUCGCCGGAUCGGGUCAAAUGGGACUACCGAGGUCAGAGAAAGAUAAUUCCGCUAGGCCAGUGGCUGCCGAAGAUCGCCGUCGACGCCUACGUGGCACCGAAUGUGGUUUUGGCCGGACAGGUCACGGUCAACGACGGAGCCUCCGUUUGGCCCGGGUCGGUCCUACGCGGUGAUCUCAACAAGAUCACCGUCGGCUUCUGCUCCAAUGUUCAGGAACGCUGUGUCCUUCACGCUGCUUGGUCUUCCCCUACAGGACUUCCAGCAGAGACAUCCAUUGAGAGGUUUGUGACGAUUGGUGCAUACAGUCUGUUACGGUCCUGUACAAUUGAGCCAGAAUGCAUUAUUGGGCAGCAUUCGAUUCUCAUGGAAGGUUCCUUGGUGGAGACCCAUGCUAUCCUUGAAGCUGGAUCUGUCGUUCCCCCAGGGAGAAGAAUUCCAACUGGUGAACUUUGGGCUGGAAACCCAGCAAGGUUUGUCCGAACCCUGACGCAUGAAGAGACCUUGGAGAUCCCCAAACUUGCUGUCGCAAUAAAUGAUUUAAGCAAAGAAUAUUUCCAAGAAUUCCUACCUUACUCCACAGUAUACUUGGAGGUUGAAAAGUUCAAGAAGUCUUUGGGGAUUUCUAUUUGA